AUGUCGUUCAACCCGCGCAUGUCAAUCAUCCCCCCGGGGCAGCAGUCGUCGCGCAAUGCGCGCAAGAAGGAGGAAGAAGACUCGUUCAUGCGCCUGCAGGACAAGGAGAUCGUCGACUGCAUCAACGACAUCGGCAUAUCCUUCACCAUCGCGGACCUCCAAAAGCCCAACCCGGUACAGGUCCAGAUGAUUUUCGAGUGGUUCGCCGAGGUCCUCCUCAACGCGACGCGCGAGUCUGUGCAGCCCGCAAUGCGCGCCGCUUCCGAAGAGAUCUGCGGCGAGUACUCCGAGAACCUGAUGCCGGCCGACGCGCGCAACCUCAUGGGUUUCUUCGCCACGCUGCGCCAGCUGCUGCUCGUGUGCAAGAUCAACGACUUCAGCUUCGCCGACCUCUACCGCCCGACGCAUGAUCGCCUCGUCAAGAUUUUUAGCAACCUCAUCAACUUUGUGCGAUUCCGAGAGAGCCAAACCAGUGUGAUCGACGAGCAUUUCAACAAGGCCGAGGCGACCAAGUCGCGUAUCGACAGCCUGUACGGCGAAAACCAGGACCUGGAAGCACGGCUAGACGAGAUGCAGAGCAACCGACAGGCAAUGCAGGCCCUGGUGCAAGAGAAGACGAGCCGGAACGAAGAACUGAAAAAGCAGCUUCUUGACCUGCGCAGAAACCAGGAGAAAGUUGCGGCGCGGUUGGAGGAGGCCAAGGCGAAGAAGGGCGACCUCGCGCAACGACUUGAGGACAAGACUGCGGCCAAGAUUGCUCUCAAGCAAGAAAGCAACAAGCUCAAGCCAUACGUGCUGCAGAGCCCGACAUCCCUCCAGGCCAACCUUACUGACCUCUCCAACACCCUCAACAACGACAAGCUUCACAUAGACUCCCUGGAGAGGCGGUCCCGCGCUUUGCAGACUUCAGCAGACUCAUUCGCCGUGGUGUCGACGGAUGUCGCUUCGUGCAUCAAGCUCCUGGACGAGAUUGCGUCGGAGCUGUCCAAGGAGGAGGAGGAGAAUGCGAAGAAGACCAAGCAGCGCGACGCACUUACCGAGCGAGGUGCUGAUGUCAAGGAAGUGGAGCGUGCGGAGCUGAUGCUGCAGAAGCAACUGGCCAAGUGGAAUGAGCGAACAGAGAAGCUACGAGAACAGAGUGCUGCCAAGGCCAAGGAAGCCAAGGAGAAGAUGGAAGAGCUCAGAGCUAUCCAUCGAAGAAUCACCGAGGAGCGGACAGAGAAAGGCCAAGACAUUGAGAAGAGGCGUGUCAGGAUAGAGCAGACGGAGCGCAAGAUGCUCGAUCUCAAAGAGAAGAUUGAGAACGAAGUCCACAAUGCCCACGAUGAAUACCUGAAGCUCGAAGCCCACAUCAAACUGUACAUCACCGAGAUGGAGCAGACAAUAUGA